CGGCCGCGGCGUUGCCAUGAGACCCGGCUGCGGGGCCGCGCAGAGGCAAGUGGGGCCCGGCCCGGCCCGGCUCGGCCCGGCUCGGCUCGGCCGCUGCCCCUUCCGCUCCCCUCCGGCCGGGCCGGCUGCCCCCGCCGCCCCCGCCGGGUCGGGCGGCUUGCUCCGCUGCCCGGCUGUUCCGCCGAGCCGGGGUUACCUUAAACUUGAAACAUUGUUGCUUUGACUAGCUCACUUCUGCAGGAUGCCGCACAAGAUCGGUUUUAUAGUUGUUAGUUCAUCAGGACACGAAGAUGGCUUCAGUGCAAAAGAGCUUAUGGUUCAUGCACCAACAGUGAAUGGAUGGCGAUCACCCAGACACUGUCAGUAUCCACAGGAAAUUGUUCUGCAGUUGGUGGAGAGAUGUCGAAUACGAAAACUGCAGUUGCUUGCUCACCAGUACAUGAUUUCAAGCAAAAUAGAGUUCUACAUCAGUGAAAGCUUGCCUGAAUACUUUGCUCCUUAUCAGUCAGAGAGGUUUCACAGACUGGGCUACGUCCCUCUCUCGGACAAUGAAAAGACUGAUUUCAAAGCACGAGAGUUAAAAUCUGUGUAUAUGGAUGCGGUUGGCCAGUACCUGAAACUGAUUUUCCAUAAAAAUUAUGUCAAUAAAUACAACUUAUAUGGCCAGGUUGCCCUAGUAGCUAUAAACAUUAUUGGAGAUCCAGCAGACUACAGUAAUGACAGCAAUAAUACUCCUUCCAGAGAGAAGCUGAUAGACCACUACUUAGGAAUUAAAUCAGAUGAUCCUGCCUUAGAUGGAACUUACCUCGGGAAGCCUGACUCCAUUUCACCUCUGGAUGAUUUGGCUUUUGACAUGUACCAGGAUCCAGAAGUUGCUCAGAUAAUACGUAGACUGGAUGAGAAGAAGCGCGAAGCUGUCCAUCGCGAACGCUAUGAUUAUGCCAAGAAACUCAAACAAGCUAUCGCAGACUUGCAAAAGGUAGGGGAACGACUUGGCAGGUAUGAGGUAGAGAAGCGCUAUGCCGUAGAGAAAGAGGAUUAUGAUCUUGCUAAAAAGAAGAAACAGCAAAUGGAAGCAUACCGCGUGAAGGUGUAUCAGCAACUGGAGCUCCACGACCUUCUGGACGCAGAGCUCGCGAUUCGAAAACCAGCCGACUUGCCUUUGGAGCCUACGAUUUCUACUGACAAUCCUCGGCACACAAAAGCCACAAAUUCACCUCCUUGUGAGCACACAGAACCAGAAAAAGGAGGGUCAUGGAAAGCAGAGCCUUUGCUGGAAGAGAAGUCAGCAGAUCCCACUUCCCCUGAGCCCGUUGUUCCCCAUCACUCCCCUCCUCCUCCUCUAACUCACCCCACAACCUCCAGGGAAGCGUUUUCCAAAAAAAAUGUUGAAUUUUUACCUUACGAUGAGAGACCUCUUCCAGCCAUCUGUAAACAGUCUGAUGAAGGAAUUGCGUACCUUGAGCCGGGGAUGACAGAAGAGGAUAUCACUGAUACUCCCAGAAGUGGCAUUACUGGGGAACCAGAACCGUUAACUGAGAAGGCUCUGAGGGAGGCCAGCCCUGCUAUUGAAGUUUUUGGAGAAGCUUUGGUUUCAGGAGCAUAUUCCAAAACUUGGUCGUAUCGAGAAGAUGCGCUACUGGCUGUGUAUAAGAAGCUGAUGGAAAUGUCAGUAAACACCCCAAAGGAUGAUUUAAAGAACAUGCUGAGGGCUGCCAUUUUUCUUGUAAGGAGAGCCAUCAAAGACAUAGUGCCUUCAGUUUUUCAAGCUUCCCUGAAACUUUUAAAAAUUAUCAUUACCCAAUAUAUACCGAAACAUAAACUAGGAAAACUAGAAACUUCUCAUUGUGUGGAAAAAACGCUUCCAAACUUGCUUUCUAGAACAGGAGACUCUUCAUCCCGUCUUCGUCUUGUGGCUUCUAACUUUAUUCAGGAAAUGGCACUGUGUAGUGAAGUUAAACCUCUUCAGAUUGUUCCUGUUCAUUUGGUUCAACCGUUAAAACCGAACUCCCCAACACAUCUGGCAAUGAGUCAAGUGGAAUUAGUGGAAUGCCUCUUGAAAAACAUGGGGACUGAAAACUCUGGGUUUACCAUCAGCAACGUCAUGAAGUUUGCAACAGGAGCUUUGGAACACAGAGUCUAUGAAGUUCGUGAUGUAGCGUUGCGGAUUAUCUUUGAUAUGUACAGGAAGCACAAGGCUGCUAUACUGGAGUAUCUUCCUCCAGAUGACGCGAGCAUUCGCAAGACUGUUCUCUAUAAAACACUCUUCGAUGGAUUUACUAAAAUAGAUGGCAAACUUUCUGAAGCUGAAAUUAGGGCACAGAGAAGGGUGGCAAGAGAAGAAGCAGAGAAACAGAAGAAGGAAGAAAUAAAAGUUCUGCAAGGGCAGCUGGCAGCUCUAAAGGAGAUACAAGCUGAAGUUCAAGCUGGAAAGGAGAAAGAAUCUGAUUUUCAGAAGCCAAAAUAUCAAGGUUACAAGGUAAACGAAAGCCCACAGCCUGCAGCAGCAGCAGAGAUUCCGGGUGAUCAUUCCUCUGUUGCAAAUUACUUGGAUAACUUAUGUAUUUUUUGUGGUGAAAGGGACGAAUCCUUCACAGAGGAAGGAUUGGAUCUCCAUUACUGGAAACACUGCCCUAUGUUAACCAGAUGUGAGCACUGCAAACAGGUGGUGGAAAUAGCAAGCCUGACAGAGCACUUGUUGAUGGACUGUGAUAAAAAGGACAGCUUUGGGAAAUGCCAACGAUGCAGUGAGGCCCUUCCAAAAGACGAGUUGCCCAAACAUAUUAAGAGCAAGACUUGCAAUCCUGCCAAACCAGAAAAUGUGGCAAACCAUUGUCCGCUGUGCCAUGACAACUUUUCCCCUGGAGAGGAGGCCUGGAAAUCUCACCUAAUGGGCAAAGAUGGCUGUAAAAUGAAUCACCGGAGGUUAUCCACAAUAAAUAGAACUCUCUUGGUGCAGCCUGGCAAAACAGGCAGCCAGUAUUUAAGGAAACCAGGUCCUUCAGGAGCAAAAGCUCGACCUCUCUCUAUAGGAAGCAAGAUCCCAACCCCAAGAGGGGGCCCAAAUAAAAGCACUGGCAAAACAUACUCAAAGCGAUGACAGGACAAGUAUUUUUUCCUUUGUCUUAAUCACCGGGCAUACAGUUAUUAAUAGUUAUUUAGAAAUUGUGGGCAACUUAUAUCAUCUUCAUUUGACUACAUGGGGCUGUUUGUCGGUCGUGAGCAGUACUGGCCUAGUCUGAUAGCUGUGGUACAUAACUUCUGUGUUGGCUGUCUGCGCAGCACUGGUUUUCUCCUAGAUAUGCGCAUGUUAGAAAUACACACAUGUUCUGGGACAGAUCCAGCCCAGCAUGUUCCCUGUGUGGCACGGGGAAAGCCGCGCAUUGGUCUUUGACUGCUUCCUCAUAUUACAAAAUCUCCCCAAUGAGAGGGAGCUAACGUGGCCGCCCCGUGCCGCUGCUCUCGCAGCCAGCACGGGGGCUGUGACCCAGUUAGUGGAGCGCUCUGGGGCUGUGGUUCUAACAGCCUGGUUUUGAGAUCCAGCAAGGAAUUUCCUUGAGUUCCAAAAGUCAGUCAUUUGUGUUUUGGCUUUCUUCUGGGGAAGAGCAAGAAACCUCCCAAGCAGAAAUUGUACUUGACUUUCAGGACAGAGCUGAAAAGUGUUCUUUUGAUCAAAGUGUGACACUUGUUUGCGAUUAUAUAUUCUGAAGGCUUGGGAGGUAAUACCCGUAUUAGCUGACUUCACCACCUGACCACUUCAAUGUGAUAACUGCAGAUUAUAUUGCUAAUAGUUUUCUGCCAAAAUUGACUUUAUAACGUGCUGAAAGUAUUAGCGUCAAUAAUUUUUGUUUGUCUUGCCAUCAGACGCUUGCAGUAGGCAAAUAGGUCACAAGUGAAACUGCGCAUAGUGGUUGGCUGGGAGACGGGCUGCCUGCCUGUAUUGGUGCAUCACGUCAGUGCGUUUACAGAGAAUUCCUCGUAAUUAGACUUGAGGAAACACCACGGAAAAUAUGGAUAUACAAUGAGCAAAACAGGCUUGUUGCAGUCGCACAGGUUCCUUUGAUGUCAUGGUGAUACCAUCGUUCAUCUGCUGUGAUGUGCUGCUGGCAUACGGUGAACUGAAAAAUGCGUGCACGUUAGAAGGAAAUACACAUUGUGUAGUCUGAUGCGUAUCUCGGUUAUCUGAAAGACUGUAUGAUCCUGUACGGAUAAACUCUUGAACCCAUGAAUGGGUAAAAUAACAGUUCCAUAAAGCAAAAUUCUUCCUCACAUGUUUGGUAGAAGAAAAGGAAAAAAAAAAAAGGAGAAAUUGCAACUUAGUUGAGGAAAGCUAUGGGGUUUGGUUCUUGCACUGCAAAACCUGUAGUGUGGAUUUAUUUGCUUCAGUUUGGGCAUGCUUGCAACUAGGGCCAGGAACUGGAAAGCUUUUUCAGUGUCCGUUCCUCGAGCACGAUGAAGUAAAUCAAAGAAUCAUGCUGUUGUAGCCACUGUGCCAGGCUCUAGUGUAUUUUGGUAGUAAGAAAGACACUAUUAACCUCUUUACAACAGCUGCCUUUUUCUUCCCUGUCCUUGUUAUGAUGAAUUUUGUCAGCUAAAAUGGGGCAGAUUUGCAGCCACUGUGAAAGCUUACAAGUCUAUCUGUGCUAGGCUCUAAAACUCUUGGCUCCCUCAUAAGGAAUGGGAACCGUAAUUUUUUCUGAAACUGGCUGGUACCCGUGAACCCCUCCUAAGUCAGCUGAAACCUCUCGCUGACCCUGCAAGGAAAGGAAUUGGGUCAAGGCCAUUACAAAAUGUUUCCACUCAUUUUUAAAACUCUUAGAAGCAUUAUUUUGACAGAUAGCUUUGCCCUCCUUGCUCAUGCUGGUGUCUGUAAACAGCUCUUCCUCGGGUCCGCCGAGGCUCUAGGAGUAACAGAAGCCACGCGUGGUGAGAAGUGGGUUUUGCUGUGGAAGCCCGGGCUUCACAUGUAUUUCAGGUUUAGGAUUUUAAAGGAAGUAGAGCGGUGCCCAAAGCACUACUCAACACCAAGAAUUAGUACCAAAUAAAAAAGCUAAAGGGCUGGCUGGAUAUUGCCGUGUGACAUGCCCUUAGGUAGGAAGUAACAUGAAAUAGCUGCUCCGCGCUGCCUCUCUCGCUGCGCGCUAAGUGCCUUAUUAGUCCACCUGACAAGAGGAUUAAGCUGAACCACAAGAGUCCCAUUCGUACAUAAUAGGAGUGUGUAUUGAUGGAGCGACUGUAAAAAUUAAAGUUGGGCUUUAAAACCUCACAGUUCAUUCUGAAAUAUAUCCCCAAGAAAUGGCCCCUUAAAGAAAAGAAGAAAAAUCUUAGUGGGGCCCUGAAAAGCUUGAAGUAAUAAAUUUAGACUUUUUUUUGCUGCUUUAGCGUACUUUCUCUCAGCUUGCUUCUAAGGCCAGCUCUAACACUGGGUUUCUCUAGUUAAUCUUGAUUGACCUUAACAUCCAUAGAUGACAGCAUGUGGCCGUUUAGCAGCUUCAGAGAGAACAAAUUCUCUUAAGAGACAAUGCAUGAAGCCGCGUACCUAAAGCAACAAUCCCAACGCGCCUACUUGCGAUGCUUAGGCGAUUGCUUUCCGCGGUUAGUUGGUCCCACGUCGAUGCGCCCACCGGUACAAGCGUGAGCAAUCACGGUAAUAGAAGUUUUGGGGGUUGGGUUUUUUGCUACCACGGGGUGAAUUUGCUGUGUUGUUCUGUAUCUACAGCACCGAUUUUGUAAUGUGCACUUUUUAUAGGUUGCCUGCAGCCUGUCUAUAUGCUUCUGAAUUUUACAGGUAGAUCGGCACGCUUGUAUUUUAAAAGUAUUUAUAUAAAUUGUUUCUUUAACUCUUCCGAAUACAUAUUAAUAAAUAUGCAUACAUUAAGAAUAGACAUGUUAAGCAAUAUAUAUGUAUUUUUAUUUCUACUUUAGUGACACAGGUUCCUAUCUGAGAAGCUGAUUCCUUAUGCAAGCAAAAUAACCACUGAUUUUGCUCAGAGAUUAGCUUGUGCAAUGGACUGCAGGCUCACGAGCUGUUGCCCAGAGAAUAUUGCCUUUUGGACGUAAAACUGUGAGCUUUCCGUUGUGUGAGUUUAAUGGAAAAAAAAACAAAACCAAACCCUUUUGCAGAGGUCCUCCACGUAUCCCGGCUUGGCCACUGCAGUAUGUAUGUUGAGUUGGUAAAUACAGCUCCCCACUGCUCUGCAAGCAUGGCUUAAACCCACUCGAGCAAAGCAUAAUUAAAAUAGUCCGUUAAAUCCUGCACGUAGCAGGAUGUGCGCUUUCUAUUUUAUAGCAUCAUGGGACAGCUGUUUGAAACAUGAUUUAAAAAAAAAAAAACCAACAACAACAAACUGAACUUAAAAAAUAAGACUUGAUUUAAAAAAAACCAAGCAACCAAAUGAAAACAACCAAAAAACCCCCCAAACCAAGACCCCACAAACCCUAUUAGUUAUAGGGGGGGUCACCUUUCCCAGUGCUGACCAAGCUGAGUAGCAGAACAGUUGGGAGCUAUGUAAGAUGCUUUUACAGACCUUCUCUUUGGAGGUGUUUUCCCCUUGAGUGGCCCUUGCUUCUCAUGCUGGUGUACAAGGACGCCUGCCUGCUGCUCUGUGCUCGAGCCGCCUGUCUCCCCAUGCGGCUCCUGGGGCUCCGGAGCGAGCGCAGGGGCUGUUUGUCUCUGCUCCAUCACAGAGCGCAGUAAUUGUGCCUUAGGGGCCCGUGCAAUAACUCUCUGCAACUUUUUCACUGCAAGAAGUUGUCGCGUGGGAGAUCGCUGCCUCCUCCCUGUCCUACCACCCACCUUACUCGCCUUCCCAGCCCGUGCCGGGGAGCAGGGAUUAGGUAUCCGCAAGAGAAGCGCAGUACAGAGCCUUUCCCCAGGCAGCUUUGAAAAGACAGAUGCGUAGGCUUGGGCACGCCAUUGCGUCUCAGGGUGUGGUUGUGGGGUUGUUUUUUUUUUUCAAAUGCAGAAUAGCUUUUUAGCAACAUUUUAAAGAAAUCAGUUAAGUAUUUUGGAGUGCAUAGCAUUUACUGAGAUUGCUGGGUAGCUUUAGACUGAAAAAAUGCGCUUCUAAAGUGAAGCAUGAAGAUAAUAUUAACUGCUCAAGGGAAUGAAUUGGAAAGAACUCAGAAGUGAGAAAAUGGGAGUCUUUUUAGGAUGUGAGAGGACCUUCUUUGAGCAUGGUAGUACCACGUCUCCUUUUUAAAGGAUGAUUUCACUGGGCUGCCUCCUUUCACUGAAUAAACCUGUGUUUUCUGCAGUGGCAAAGCAAACAUUGCUGUGAAAACCACGGUGAAGUUCCUGCGCGAUGAAGCCUCAAGUGAAAUGCUCCAGAGCAAAAACGUUGCAUGGGCGCGGGUCUGGCUAAUGGAAAGUUGUCCAGACUGUGGGCCUGGAAAGCUCGACCCAGCCAUUGACGGUACAUCGUUAUUAAAGAAAGGGACAAGAGCCUGUUCCAUCUCACAGGGUUUUUUCUGUCUGACCUCUUUCUCUGUGCUGUACCCGAGCGUCAGCCAAGCUGUUUUCAUCCAUCUAAACUGCAGAGACGACUUGAGAGCAGCCAGUGCCCCUGCACCCAGGAACCCAUCCGAUCUCGAGUGACCACCUGCGGUUCCGCUACCCCAAGAGAGCAAUUUAUAUAGAUUGUGCCGUUCCCUGGUACUGGAUAAGGUAUUUAAAUCCUAGAGAUUUUAUUGCUAUAGUUUCAAGAGCGAAAUUCGCUUAUGUCAAGCAUGUAAGUUAUUUGUAUUGUCCUUAUUUAAUAAGUGUGUUCAGCGAGUUUGGACGGUGCCUCUGCCUUUCCAAGCUGUUAGAAGGGGAGGUGGGGCUGUUAUUAAAGGAACUUGGGCUCUCUAGCUCCCGACAGGAAAAGUUAGCUUGUUGACUAUCAAAUCAAGCUUUGUUUUCUUCUGUGGAUGUGGUACGUGUGUCUACUAGCAAAAUGAGAACUGUUGUAAAACCUUAAUGUUUGAUUGUGAAUGUGUUAAUGGGCAAUUUGUAAAUAAAUUAUCUCUCCUUUC